AUGGCAUUUUGGUGGAAGAAGAGUCCCAAGACUCCGAGUGACUAUGUGAAACACUUGAACGAACAGUUGGACAAGUUAGAGUCGGCGAGUGCCGGCAGUGACCUAAGAAAAAAGGCACAAGAUGAAUGUGGUAAGUAUAUUGCUGGGACAAAGCACUUCCUUUUGAAAGAGACGGACCCUGUUCCUACACAAGAAGCUCUAGAUGAGCUCUACUAUUGGAUCUAUCAGUCUGAUCUCUUUUUCACUCUAUUGCACUCGUUCCCCAACCUUGACUUUGAGGCGAGAAAGGAUGUAGCUAUGAUAUAUUGCAUUUGUUUGAGUCGCUCAAAGGAUAACAAGUUUCCUACCGUUGAUUAUUUGUUAACGAAACCGAAAUUUGUGUCAAUGUUACUCAAGACCUCUGAAGUUUGCAUUACCAGGCCGGGAGGGUCUGAUAUAUUCCUUACAGCUUCAGGAAUGAUUUUGGAAACUAUAAAGCAAGAACAGCUUUGUCGACUCAUCAUAAGAGACCAACAAAUAUGGAAAUUCUUUGAUUUCACAAGGUUAGGGUCCUUCGAGAUCAGUUCUAGCAGUUUACAAGUUCUCACUGAGCUUUUCACAACGCAUCCAAAACUCGUAUCAGUAGAGUUUUUCAGCAACGAGGACAAUAUGAACCAAUUUAUCGAUAGAAUAAAUAAGCUAAUGGCCCAUGGGAACUACGUUACUAAGAGACAAAGUGUGAAAUUGUUAGGAACUCUUAUCUUCAAUCGGGUGAACAAAAACUUGAUGACAACAUAUAUUAAUAACUCGGAUAACGUUAAGUUGGUCAUGAUUCUUUUGAGCGACAGAUCGAAAAACCUACAAUUGGAAUCGUUCAAUAUCUUUAAGGUUGUCGUGGCAAACCCUCGAAAGUCAAAACCCGUGCUUGACGUAUUGGUUAAAAAUAGAGACAAGCUACUGAACUUUUUGGAACAGUUUGGUACGGACAACAAAGACUCAACGUUCUUAGACGAAAAAGAGUUCAUUGUGGAACAAAUUGAAGCUCUACCCAGAAUCGUUCCUGCCAGCGGUGAAUAUACACUCGGAACCUCUCCGCAGAAGAAUAUGGUUUUAUAG